AUGGAAGCUAUUGGUUCAUCUGACGAGACUGUUACCGUGGACUUUUCAAAGGAGACCUUGGACCUGGAAUCCAACACUCAGUUCGAGUACGAUCCAUGGCUUCUCGAAGAUCAUCCCUUACGAUCAUACCCGACAGAGUGUAUCCCAGGCUUGUCGCUUUAUCUCAAUGAAUAUUACGAAUCAAUUGGAAAGCGAAAAGCAGUUCUCUUCCGCGCUGGAUAUAUUAUACUUGGAUGCCUAGCCGUAUUCCAAUGUCUCCGAUUGCUCCCAAUCAAUAUGAAACAGACACUCCCGCCUCAUGAAACGACACCACACGUCAACCUUUACCCCCAGAGUGAUUAA